AUGUUUGAUUCGGAACAAACAAGUAUUCAAUCUGAUGGGGUGCAAUGUCUUCAAGUAGUUGAAAAGGAUAUGUUUGAUUCGGAACAAACAAGUAUUCAAUCUGAUAGGGUGCAAUGUCUUCAAGUAGUUGAAAAGGAUAUGUGUGAAUCGGAACCAACAAGUUUUCAUUCUGAUGGGGUUCAAUGUGUACAAGUUGAAAAAACUUGGACACCAAAAACUGAGUUGAAACCAUUUGUAGGGCAAUUAUUUCGGUUGUAUGAUGACGCACUGUCGUUUUAUAGAGAAUAUGCACGUAAAAGUAGGUUCGAGAUACGAAAAGGUACAACAGAGCAAUCGAAAACAGGAGAUGGGUACUCGCGUAGACAUUUUGAGGAGAAACACACUCAUGAGUUGGUUAAUCCAGAAGAUUUCCAUUUUUUGAAAAGUAACAGGAGGCUUACAUAUCAUCAAAAACAACUGAUUCAUGAUGUAUCAAAUAUAAACAUUGGUCCGGUUAGAGCAUUCAAGAUAUUGAAGCAAACACAAGGAGGAUUUCUCAACGUCGGGGCAACAGAAGUUGAAUGCAAAAAUUUGAAAAGGGAUUGGAUAAAAUAUAUUGGUGAGAAUGAUGCGGACAUGGUAAUUGACAAGCUAAAAAAAAGAACAUUUACACGACUUUUCUUUUGA